AUGGUUUCGCCCAAUUCGCGAGGCCUAACGGUCACAUUUAUAAAUCAUAAAACUUUGGUUUCCGGCUUUCAAAAUUUUUUUCUUGCUGGUAUCCUGGAAAGGAGUAUUUUGAGGAUAAAAUCCGGGGCUUUCGGAGUUUUAGUCCAAAAUCCGGCCCUGCUCCACCAUAAAUUUCAACUACCACUUCUUUUAAAUUCACAAAAAAUUUUCUCUUUUAUUUUUUCAGUUAAUUUAAUUGCCGGUCUAGGCGGAACCAAAAUUAUCAGUUUACCAAUGUUUACAGUUCUAAGACGGUUUUCUAUAUUUUUAACAAUGCUUUUUGAAUAUUUUAUUCUUGGGUAUAUUUUGUUUAAAUUUAAUUUUCUGUCAAUUUUCCUUGCUUUUUACAGAAUAAUACCUACUUUUGGUGUUAAAUUUAGCGUAUUUUUGAUGAUUCUUGGUUCAGCAAUAGCAGCAAUGUUUGAUCUAUCAUUUGAUUCACUUGGUUAUUUACUUAUUUGUUUUAAUAAUUUUGCAACGGCUCUAAACGGUGUUUAUAUGAAGAAGAAAUUGAACUCCAAGGCUGGUUAUUUUUUUAAUAUUUUAAAAUUUGAAUUGGGUAAAAACGGAUUACUCUUCUACAAUUCUUUAUUUAUGUUGUUGCCUUUAAUUGGUUUUAUUCUUUUAAAUAAUGAAGAAACUGAAAAGUUGAGAAUAUAUAUCGAUCAAGGGUAUUUAACAAUUCCAGUUUUACUCUUUUUACUUCUUUCUUGUAUUGGAGGUUUAUUAUUAAAUUAUUCUGUUGUUCUGUGUACAUCACACAAUUCGGCAUUAACUACUGUUUGUGUUGGGCCGAUUAAAAAUAUGUUUGUAACAUAUAUUGGAAUGAUUAGCAGCGGAGAUUAUAUAUUUACUUGGAAUAAUUUUAUUGGAAUUAAUAUAUCUGUUUUUGGGUCAAUUUUGUAUACUUAUGUAACUUUUCGAACGAAUGAAAGAAUUAUAAGUAGAACAGAUAUUGCUUCAAUAAAAAUAAAAGAAGGGGAAAGGGAAACACUUUUAUAA